UCCAGGCAACUGUCAUGCGAAACGUCAUUUGGAAAGCCGCCAAAUACCUGUGUGAACCAGGCUCUGGAAAAAUUCGUCGAACCGCUCAGUUGCACGUAGUUUGAACGCUUGAAGACGCGCUUCUAUUAAAAGCUAAUUAAAACUAGUAAAACGCAAUGUCGAAACUUCGCGUAUAUGCACGUUACCCGAAGGGGUGCGCGGAAUCGUCGGAAGAGCGCAGCUUGGAAGCUUAUGCUGGAUUGGACCCCAUGGGCGUAAUUAGCUACACGGAGCAUAUUGCUUAUAGCCGAUCGAUGCUUCCAGAGCAUCGUUUGGCGGUGGGCGACCAGGUGCUGCAGAUAGGGACUCUCCGACUCCGAGAUGUUGUACUUGCAAAUUAUACCGGACGGUUGUUACCGAAAGACAUCAGACUGGCCAACACUAUGGUAAUCAAGAAGCGGUACACCGGCCAAAUCUACAAGGUAGAGAUUGCACACCGCCUGGACGGUCCACCACGCCCGUACGUGGUAGUGCAUAUUGCCAUGCGCCGUUUCCGUAAAAAGAAUCCGGCAAUGCGUGCCCACGCCGAAUAAAACGUAUCGCUUUGGUUGAUUUCACACAGAAUAGGAAAUAAAGCAUACCAGGAAGCUAAUUAGCUUUUCA